AAAAAUGCUGAGUCAUGACGUGACGCACUCGGUCACGUGUGCGCGCGCAGCCGUCGACUCUCGGCGCCCCUAGAAAAGGGCUCGGGGGGGCGCCGCGGCUCGCACACAAAUUACAGUUCUGCGGCGGUGGGAGGCGCGCGGUGUACCGGAGGUGUCUCACCGGUGCAGAACCCGAGCGAGGAGCGCUUGACAUCCUGAAGCAGCGCGGAUCGCAGUUCCUGUUCUUCUUCCUGUGUUUGCACGCCACGCGCUGUCAGUGACCCGGGUGCACGAGGCAGCCGCUAAGUGCGCCGCGCCGCACUCCGCGGAGAGCAUUUCUUCUGUAAAGAUAUCGAGGCCGCGGUCAGUCUUGCUAGCGUGUUAGCCGGCGGCUACGAGGGAGGCGCGCGGGAACGGGCUUCGUCGGCAGGAACAACAAGCGCGCGCACGGGACGGACAUGGGGCUGCUGUCACAGGGCUCGCCGCUCGGCUGGGAGGACACGAAGCGCUACGCGGACCACGUAAGGAAACACGGCAUCGUGCAGUUCCUCAACAUCUACAACAAGGUGAAGGAGCGCCAGAAGGACGUGCUCAAGUGGGGCGACGAGGUGGAAUACAUGCUGAUGGCAGUGGAUGAAGAAAAUGAAAAAGUCCAACUGGUGUUGAGAGGAUCAGAAGUGUUGCAGACCCUUCAAGAAAAAGGGGAAAAGAUCAACCCCAACCAUCCAACCUUGUGGAGGCCAGAGUAUGGUAGCUACAUGAUUGAGGGGACCCCGGGUCAGCCAUACGGCGGCAACAUGUCCGACUUCAACACAGUGGAGGACAACAUGGGAAAACGGCGGAGGGAAGCAUUGUCUGUGCUGAAAGAAAACGAAACCCUCGGCACCAUAACGUCAUUCCCAAGGCUUGGUUGUCCUGGGUUCACCUUGCCAGAAUGCGAACCCACGCCUGUCGAAAGGGGUGCGUCCAAGUCUCUGUUUUUUCCUGAUGAAGCAAUCAACAGACACCCGCGAUUCAGUACCCUGACCAGAAACAUCCGACACAGAAGAGGAGAAAAAGUGGUCAUCAAUGUUCCCAUUUUCAAAGACCAAAGCACCCCAAGUCCAUUUGUGGAGACAUUCCCUGGUGAUGACGGUGAAUCGGUUCGUGCCGCGCUGCCUGACCACAUCUACAUGGACGCCAUGGGCUUCGGCAUGGGCAACUGCUGUCUUCAGGUAACAUUUCAAGCUUGCAGCAUAAGUGAGGCCAGAUACCUGUAUGACCAGCUGGCUACAAUAUGUCCAAUUGUGAUGGCCCUGAGCGCGGCCUCCCCGUUCUACAGAGGCUACGUGUCCGACAUCGACUGCCGCUGGGGAGUCAUCUCCGCUUCGGUCGACGACAGGACACGAGAGGAGAGAGGGUUAGAGCCGCUGAAAAACAACAAAUUCCGGAUCCAUAAAUCAAGAUACGACUCGAUUGACAGCUACCUCUCUAGCUGUGGUGAAAAGUACAAUGAUAUAGAAUUAACAAAAGAUGAGGAGAUCAACAAACAGCUGCUAGAUGCAGGGAUAGACAAACUUCUAGCACAACACAUUGCCCACCUUUUUAUCAGAGACCCCCUGUCCCUUUUUAUGGAGAAAAUAAAUUUGGAUGAUGAAAAUGAAUCUGAUCACUUUGAGAAUAUUCAGUCAACCAACUGGCAAACCAUGAGGUUUAAACCACCCCCUCCAAACUCUGAUAUUGGAUGGAGAGUGGAGUUCCGCCCAAUGGAGGUCCAGCUAACAGACUUUGAGAAUUCUGCAUAUGUUGUCUUCAUUGUUUUACUUACCAGAGUAAUCCUGUCAUACAAGUUGGACUUUCUAAUUCCCCUGUCGAAGGUGGAUGAGAACAUGAAAGUUGCUCAGAAGCGCAAUGCGGUGCUGGAAGGCAUGUUUUACUUCCGCAAAGAUAUUUUUAAAGGCUCCAAUCCAGUUAUUGAUGGAGCCUCAGCAACUCCAAAUGGCCUGGAGAACAGCGACAAUGGUGGCAGCAGCCUUGAAGAGUACACACUGAUGAGCAUUGACACAAUCAUCAACGGAAAGGAAGGGGUAUUCCAAGGACUGAUACCAAUUCUCAACUGCUACCUGGCUAACAUGGAGGUGGAUGUAGACACGAGAUGCACUAUCCUGAAUUACCUGAAACUUAUUAAGAAACGGGCUUCAGGGGAGCUGAUGACGAUGGCGAAGUGGAUGAGGGAGUUCGUCGCCAAGCAUCCUCAGUACAAGCAGGACAGUGUGAUCACAGACAAGAUCAACUACGACCUACUGCUGAAGUGUAACAGAAUUGCUAAAGGCGAGGAGGGUUGUCCUGAGUUAAUCGGGGACCCAGUCAGCAGAAACAAAUAGUCUUCUUGUUUUUUUUUUUUUUGUUUUUUUUUUUUAAAAAUCAUCAUAGUGCAUUAUGAUGUAAGAAUGUCCUCAUUACCAUUUGUACCUCCCUUCUGCAUGAAACAGAAGACCAAAUUUGUGGUUGAACCUAUUUAUAGUGGUCCAAUUUGAUUUACUUCUUGAACUACAGAAAUAUCCUGCUUGUAUUACAAUGGUCAGUAAUGUGUAGGGAGUUUGUAUAUAUCAGAUUUUUAUUGUUGACAAUUAUUUUAAUAGCAAGAGAAGUAUGUACAUAACUUUGAUUUUAUGGGUAACAAAGUUCUUGAUGGCUUGAGGCUAUGUACAUGUAACACUUGUACAAUAGCAAGAUAUUCUUAUAAAUGGAUUGUAAAUACUGUUACAUACAUUAACAAUGGUAUAUUCUUGCCAGAUUUUAGAUGAAACAAAAUGUCAGAUUUGGAUUUAAGUUAAAUUUUAGUUAGCUGAGUGGUGCAGCAUUGCCUUUAACAUACUGCUUUUUUUGUGCAGAAAUUGCAUCGGGACCUGAAUCUUACUAAUAUAAUUUGUUGAUUUAAAAAAAAAAAAGUUUAGAUAAAGGUAGUGUUCAAUAAAUCUAUAUGCAAUAUUUA